AUGUCUAACGAUAAGUUUGUGCAAACGCCUCGGCAUGGUCUGCUUAAAGUUCGGAAUAUGUCUCCAUAUUCGGUAAUGGUGACUGGUGCCAACCGUGGCAUUGGCCUUGGUCUGGUGAAAGAGCUGCUCAAGAACAAGGAAAUUCGUCAUAUAAUUGCGACUGCCGCGAUCCGACCAGCGCCAAGGGGCGCUAAUAUAGCUGUGGAUAAGGUAGAAAAAAUCGUCGGCGACAAAGGUCUCACGGUACUCGUGAAUAACGCUGGCAUGUGGGUGAAGUAUUUCACGAAUCAAGAGCCCAAUCGAGCCGAUAUCAUCAAAAAUUUCGAUACAAAUGCGGCGAGCGUGGCUGUUCUGACUCAG